AUUCCAUUUGCAUUAAAUGGCAUAUCACAAAAAAUCUUUUACUUGGACUCCCACGGUUUCUCAAGUGUUAACUAAGACUUGUCUCAUGAAUCUUAAUCCUAGAGUCACUGCAAAAUAAGGUCCUGUACAUCUGAAAAUUGAUACUGAAAGAGAAUUAUAAUUCUCAAAUGAUUUAGGUUGGAAUUGGCAUAAAAGUUGGAAUAUACCUAAUUUAUCAAUUAAAUUAUCACUAGAAAAUGAAGAUACAUCUUAAUGGAUAGAUUGUUAAGUAGCUUUCAAUUUUAAAAUUAGGCUUAAUUGAUGGCUGUAAAACUAAAAUAAGAUGGACUCUAUGAAGAAGUAGGUUUAGAGGGUGUUACUUAAUAAGAGUUAGUAGAUGGUAAAGCAUUUUUCUCUGUAUAUUCAUUAAUCGAUUUUAUUUAGGGUGUUAAAUUUAAUAGUACAACUUACAAUCAUUAAGGACAUAAAUUUCAUCUGAUCUUCUUAUUAAAAUAUUCUAAUUAUAUUAUUACUGCACUUGAAUCUCCCCCUGUUUUUGUUGAUAGUAGAAAAAGUGCAAGAGAUGAACAUAGAUAAAUAUAAUUUAUUUAACCAUUUGAACCUAAAUAUUUAGAAAGAAAUUUUUGUAAGAAAGAAAAACAUUUUAAUGAUGUAAUCUAAGCUCCUAUUGAAAAUAAUGAAAAUGGAUUACAUAAUUAUUUAACUGCUCCUAAUAUCCGUAAUAAAGUACUACUAUUAUUUAUUAUUUAUAGAUUAAACAUCCAUUAUUUUUGGCAUUAAAAUUUUCUAAAUGUAUGACCAUCUAUUAUUUAAAAACUAUGGUUACAGAUAAUUAUUUAUUAGAAUUUCAAAAAUAAUUAAAAUCUAAAUAAGCAAACUCUCAAUAUAUUAUUGCUUUUUAAUCAAAUAACAAUAGAAUUCGUAAAAAAGUAGAAUUUUAUUGUUUAUAUAUUAGAUUGAAGAAUCUUUAACCUAAUUGUUCAUUUAAAGUAGUGUAAAAGUAUUAGAAAAGAAAUAUAUAGAUGAAUAACUCUAUACAAAAUUAGAAUAUGAUAUUGAAUCAUAUUUUGCAUGUUAUCAUAAAUUAGUAGAAAUGAUGAAUUCAUCUAAUUCAGUAACUUAAAUGGAUAUUCAAAUUGAUGAAUAACAAUAAAUAUUUUCUCAAUGUCAAUUCAACCGACAACAAUCAAUUGGAGAAAGGAAAUCAGCUUUCAAAAAAUUCAAUAAAGACUUCGACAAAAUGCCAACCAAAAACUUUAAUGAGUUGUUGAGUAAUAAUGAUGAUUGUAUUUAAAAGAAGGUUAAAUUGGAAGAUGAAGUAGAUAAUGGAAAUUAAAUGUUAUCUGUUAAUGUAUAUUAAUUAAUCUAAUAAAUAGAUUUAAAAUUUAUUAUUACAAGAAUAAUUAAUAAAAUAUUACUUAUUCUAAUAAUAAUAUAUGAUUAAUUUGUUAUCUUAAUAGAGCUGA